AUGUGGAAGGCACCAAGAAAGAGCGUUUCUUUUUUUGGGGCCCUGGCGUCUUGCGCGGAGAACGCCGGGGGUUGUUCCGGAGGGUUGUUCCGAAAGACGGGUAACAACGGUUUCCACGUGACAGUCACGGGACCUCCGGUGUCUGGGUGCCGGUGCUCUGGUUGCCUGCCGUUGCUGCGCGUGUUUCUGGGGCCCGCCGUAUUCCCGCUUCGGGCCACACGACCUUUUCCCCUUCGGGAAAUAACACGCUCUCGCGAGACGGCACAGGCAGCAGACCCCGCUCCUCCCUCGCAGGCCACCUGUCACUGCAAGAUAGGUCGACAAUGCCGGCUGGGGUACGUCUUACAGUUUCCCUUCUGCAACAGAACGGCUUCCGAGGCCCCUCUCCGAAAUGGUUCAACUUCGGCUGCUCCCGUCUACUGUGGAUCUUUUAGCCCCUUUCUUGGUAGUCUCCAUACCCCCCCCUCCCUCCCCUCCCCGCCUCGGAACAGCUCGUUUGGUUACAGCAAUUGGUGUGAGUAUAUAUAUAUAUAG